ACGGCUCAAGCGCUUGCUCCGAGUAGAGCAAACAUGUGUAACCAACCGGGUCCGAGGGUGCGCAGCUAGAAGCCACCUCACGAGGUUAUUACCGUAGUGGCUUUGUAGCUGCUCGCUCGGUACUUCUACGGCCAGUAUUUGGUUAGCGUCCUAUCAGUUUCAACAUGCGAAGCAAGCAUCGCGAGGCAGCUCAGGACACCGCGGGAAGAGUCAACGAGUGAUUGUUUGGAAAGGGUUCUAUCUGUAAAAGUAAUUGUUUUUAUUUUUGAACUUUUUGUCUGGAAACAUGUGGCGGAAGCUAAGCUUUGUAUUGUUUAUACUCCUCUCGUGCAAUAUCCUAACACACGAGCAACAGCAUGGUGCCUCUAUCUCUGAGUCAAAUAUAAUCGAAUCAAAUAAUGCGAUUAAAGUACCGUUUGGAAGGUCUGUGUUUAUUGACCCGGUGAAGGAUCUGAAGAUUAGGGUCCGCGAUGGCGACCGGUGUACUGUCAAGGUCAUUCAAAACGACCCUCUCUCUCAAAGGCCAGGUAAACUGACCCCUACUCAUUUCCCUUGCCAGUUUGGCCUUCGGGAGGUGCAGUACUCUCACUUCGGAGCUCGCACGCCUCCCCAAGAUAGGGUAAAGUUACUUCUUCGUUAUGAUAUGGCCGAAGACACUAUAAUCGUGCCGUUUACUAUAAAUGUUCAAGUAUUGUUCGAGCAACUGGAAGUUGUUACUAGAAACAUGCCGAUUACAGUGGAAAAGUUGCUAGGAUUAAGCACACCCAUUGAUAACAAAGCACUUCAGUUUACCUACAACAACAACAUCCAGAAGUGUAAAGUGAUGACACUUGGAAAUGCUAAUGACUUGCCACGAUAUGGAGAGCUAGUAAAUAACACUAGCGCUGGGGUGCUGCAAGACUGUGAUAGUUUCUUAAAGGCUGAUAUUCGAUACAAACACACCUUUCCUUAUAAAUCGCCUAAUCAAGAUUACAUCCCAAUGAUAGUGGAAAUUACUGAUUCUAAUGGAAAGUUGCUUAAACAAGAAUACUUUCAAGUGACUGUGAGAAUAAAAGAUGGCCAGCCAAACAAUCCUCCACAGCCAAGUUUCAACUCUUUGUUGUUAUUGGACGUAAAUCAAUUCAUUAUGACGGCUAUCACCCCGCGAAUACUGUCAGCACAAGAUAUUGAGACUCCUUCAGAUAAACUCAUAUUUAACAUAACGUCUCCACUGGGUUAUGGAGAGGGUCAAAUAAUCAGUACUGAUGACCAGAAUGUUCCCAUUUCAUCUUUUUACCAAAAAGAUCUUGAUGAUUUAAAGAUAGCUUACAAACCUCCUGCAUCUGAUUCUGACAUUAGAAGAACUUUUGAAGUGGAGAUGGAAGUAGUGGACGCCGAGGGCUUGAAUUCAGAACCAUUUAGCUUAAUGAUCGUGGUUCAUCCCAAGAACACUUUAGCUCCUCUAGCUACACGAAACUCUGGUCUUAUGCUUUUUGAAGGCCAGUCUAGGAGGUUGCAGAGUUCUAAGAACUUGGAAAUAGCUGAUGAAAAUAACAUUCAUGAUGUCACCGUGUCUGUGGUGGACGGCUUGAGACAUGGUCAACUGUUGUUUAUGGGAAGCCCAGUGAAACAGUUUUCACCUGCUGACUUAGAUGCUGGUUUAGUAACAUACCAACAUGAUGGUAGUGAUACCUAUAGUGACAAUAUAAUCUUUAGACUAGAUGAUGGUGUAAAAGAUGUCGAAUUUCUUUUCCCUAUUACUAUUUACCCAGAAGAUGAUGAGCCACCUAUGCUAAAUAUUAACACAGGUCUAACUAUUAGCAAGGGAGAGGAAGUAGAAAUCACACCAUUCGUUUUAAGCGCCACUGAUGUUGAUAGUGAUGAUUUUACAAUAAAAUUUGAACUACAAAAGCCUUAUUCUUCUGAAGGAGAAAUAUUUAUGAAACAGUUUGAGCCGCCAGAUGACCCACAGAAUUGGGAUUUUGUGGACGGGAUCUACGAGAGACCCAUUACAACUUGGACAGAACUGAAUCUUUUAGAAGGAAGCAUAUUUUACAGACACAGUGGUGGCCACAAAACUGAACCCGUAAUGGAUUACAUUAAGUUUCGUGUUUCUGAUGAUAACGUUCCUCCAAACGAAUCUGAUGAUAAGGAAUUUGUAAUAAAAAUCAUGCCCAUUGAUAACAUCCCUCCUAAGCUCUAUCCAGGAACCCCUCUUGAAAUGAUUGUGGAUGAAUUUGAGCUCACUGACAUCACAAAGAAGCAUCUUCGCUUCACGGAUGUUGAUACUAAAGAUAGAAAUCUGAAGUAUAUGAUCACACGUAAGCCAUAUGAUACUGACUCAAAUAAUCCAUUGGAUCCAGGAAAAAUAGUUUUAUCUGAAAAGCCUGAUCAAGAAGUCACUAACUUCACUCAAGCUCAAAUUAAUCAUCAUAAGAUAGCUUAUAAACCUCCAUCAGUUGAGCUAGGUAUCAUUCCAAGGAUCUUACAGUUUGAGUUUCAAGUGGAAGAUUCGGUAGGAAAUAUUCUUCCUGGACAAACAUUCAUUAUCCGAUUGCGACCUGUGGACAACAAGCCUCCAACUAUCCACAAUAAAGGAUUGGAAGUCUUUGAAAACGGUUUUGUAACACUUAGUCCUGAUGUUUUAGAUGCUAAAGAUGUCGACACAGACUCUAACUCGAUUCAGUUUACUGUCAAACAAACUCCUAGUUAUGGUAUCUUGAAUUAUGGAGCUAUAAAUCUUAAAGAAGGGAGCACAUUCACAAAGAAUGAUAUUGCUAAUGGACUGGUGAGCUACAUAAAUAGUGGAGCCGAGAAGGAAAAUGAUAAAAUUGAACUUGAAACUUCAGAUGGCAUACAUAAAGUACCAGUAACUAUUAACAUCCAAAUUCGUCCUAUUGAUGACGAAGCCCCAGCGCUUCAAAUUUCUCCAGGUACAAUCGGUACAUCUCUAGAUGUGAAGGAAAAUGGAAGUUCACUCAUCACCACAAAAAUUAUUAAAGCUUCUGACCCAGACACUGAUGACUUGAAAAUCACUUUCCUUAUUGACUACCCUCCAAGACAGGGCAGAAUUGAACUGAAUGGAGCCAACACUGACAGAUUUACCCAGGAAGAUAUAGAGGGUAAAAGAGUAUAUUAUGUGCAUAAUGGAGCUGAGAUUGGAGAAAACAGUACUACAGAUACCUUUAAUUUGUCUAUCUCUGACAUGUCCAAUGACUUAUUACUCGGAGGAAAUAAAAUUGAGUACAUCCAUGUCAACGUUAAUGUUGAACCAGUGGAUAGUGUAGCUCCUGUUGUAAAUGUAGGAUCGAAAUUGGUUGUCCCUGAAGCCAACAAAUCUUCUGUGACGUUAUUUCAUAUAAAUGCUACUGAUAUAGAUACAAAAGAUAAUGAUAUAGUGUGUACUAUUCUAGUGCAACCGCUGCAUGGAUAUGUAGAAAAUAUAUCCCCUGGUCCAGGUUCAGAGAAAUCCAGGGCUGGAAUACCAGUGACUGCUUUCAAAAUUUCUGACAUAAAAAAUGGCUAUAUAAAUUAUGUUCAGAGUGUCCAUAAGGGAGUGGAACCUACCGAUGAUCGACUUACUAUUAGCUGUUCGGAUGGAAUAAAUUUUUCUCCACAAUCUGUUCUUCCUAUUCAAAUUGAUCCAACCAAUGAUGAAAUUCCUCAGAUAUUUAUGAGAGAGUUCGUCGUUGAAGAAGGUAUGAAACUUAGUAUUGACUUGCCCAUACUCAAUGCAGACGAUUUGGAUGUCCCAAAGGAUACCUUAACUUUCAGAUUAAAGAACAAACCUAAGCAUGGCAAAAUUGUGAUCCAGUUGGCAACUGGAGAUAAAGAAAUUGAUGAUUUUACCCUAGAUCAGAUAUCCAAAGGAUCGAACAUUAUGUAUGAGCAUGAUGACUCUGAAACAAAAGAAGAUGAAUUCGAGUUGGAAAUAACUGAUGGGAUACACAAUGCUAGCAAGAAGAUUGUUGUUAUGGUUUACCCUGUUGACGAUGAAACUCCUCGCUUAGCAAUCAACGAUGGAUUGGAAGUAGGCAGAGGUGAAGUAAAACUAAUUACAAACAGAGUACUGAAAGCGGAAGACAUAGACACUGACGACAGCACUAUAAUGUUUGUCAUUAGACAACCUCCUAAACAUGGAGACCUUGUAUACUUGCAUUCCAUUUCUCGAUUACCUUUAUUCAACCUAACCAAAGGCACUAAUUUUACACAAGGAGAUAUUGAUGAAGAAUUGAUUAUGUACAUUCACACAGGAAGGGAAGGUGUAAGAGACCUGAUUAAGUUUGAUGUUACUGAUGGCCACAACACUUAUGUUGACAGGUAUUUUUGGAUUUCUGUGGAAGGUAUCGAUCUAGUGUACCCUGAUGUUAUUAAUAAAGGCGUGGAACUUUUGGAAGGAGGGAAGGUUACAUUGACAACAGAUGUUAUUAGCACCAGUGACCUCAACAGCGAAGAUGAACAGUUAAGGUUCACCAUAACCAGGGCCCCUACCAAAGGGCAUCUAGAAUCUACAGACAAUCCUGGUAGUCCAGUAACGUCAUUCACUCAAGUAGAUCUUGCCGGCAACAAGAUCUACUACGUGCACACCGAUGAUGAUGAGAUAAAAAUGGACAGUUUCGAGUUUGAGGUUACAGAUGGUUACAAUUCUGUAUUUCGAACAUUCAGAAUCUCUAUCAGUGACGUGGACAACAAGAAGCCAAUUGUGUUUUUCAAUAAGCUUCGAAUCCCUGAGGGUGGGAAGGGACUUAUUACUCCUUUUGAAUUGAAAAUAGAAGACAAAGACACGGAUGAUAAUAAGUUGAAAAUCACUAUAACCCAGGUCCCUGUACAUGGUAAAAUCUUAUACAAUAAUCUUCAUCCUAUUAAGAUUUUUACCAUGGAGGACCUUCGAGAAAACAGAAUAAGUUACCAUCACGAUGGGAGCGAAAGUACCGAGGACAACUUUUCGCUCACCAUAACAGAUGGAACUCAUAUGGAUUUUUAUGUGUAUCCAGAUUACACGAAAGAAACUCGCAGACCCCAGACAGUAGAAAUAGAAAUCGUGCCUGUCGAUAACAGAAUACCUCAAAUUGUAGUAAAUAGAGGUGCUUCAUUCAUCGGACCACUGGACCAUGGUCAGCUCGGGUUCCGUUUUACGAACAAAGUUCUUCGAGCAGAAGAUUUAGAUAGUCAGGAUGUUAUUAUAGAUUAUAUCAUUACUAAAGAACCAGAGCAUGGAGCCAUCAUCAACAAGGCUUUGGGAAACGAAAGUAUUACUAACUUCACCCAAGGCGACAUUAAUCGAAUGAACAUUUACUACAUCCUGGACAGCAUGGUGAACGCUACUAGCGACUUCUUUCACUUCAAGGUUGUUGACGAAGGAUCAAACGAACUACUGGAUCAGGAUUUUCGAUUACAUUGGGCUUGGAUAUCCCUGGAAUACGACACUUACAAGAUCAAUGAAACGGAGAAAUACUUGAAAAUUAAACUAUUUCGAAGAGGAUAUUUAGGCGAAACGUCAUUUGUAGGUAUCAAAACAAAGAACAUUACAGCCAAGCAAGGGGAGGAUUUUGCUAAACAUUAUGCCAAACAAGUCCAGUUCAGUCCUGGACAAACGGAAGCUCACUGGAGGCUUCGAAUCAUAAAUGACAACCUGUUUGAAAGCGACGAAGAAUUCGAGAUUGUAUUGGAGGAGCCCGUGAUGGCUGCCAUUGAGUACCCUGAUAAGGCUGUAAUCAUCAUUGUGGACAGCGAAGAUGUGUCGACAGUAGAAUUUCCUGAACAGGAAUACGUGGUAAGGGAAGAUGUCGGAGAAGUCUUAGUCCCCGUGCAGAGAAAGGGUGAUCUUAGCAAGGAAAUGAUGGUGAUCUGCUCUGCAGAAGCAGGUUCCGCGACAGGAACGAUUCCGACGUCUAUUCGAUCGUUCUCAGACUUCAUCAGCCGUCCUGAGAGCCACAAAAGUCUGAUCAGAUUUAACCAGGGAGAAGAACAGAAGUUCUGCCGCUUGGUAAUCAUAGAUGACUCUCUCUACGAGGAUGACGAGUCUUUCAAAAUCAGAUUGUCCCAGCCAAUGGGUGGCAGAGUGGGGACACAGAAUGAAACAAAAAUCAUCAUUUCUUCCGACAAAAACGAUGUUCCAUUUUUCUACUUUGGUGAGUCUGAAUAUUACGUGGACGAAAGUGAUGGUCACGUUGAGGUAAUGGUAUGGAGAACUGGAACGGACUUGAGCAAACCAGCCAGUGUCACAGUUCGCUCAAAACCUUCCGACCCGCCAUCUGCAGAAGCUGGUAACGAUUAUGUGGGAAUCGGUAAAACCUUGAAUUUCCAACCUGGCGUUACCCGGGCAACCUUCAGAGUCACCAUUUUAGAUGAUUUAGGCCAGCCAGUCUUGGAAGGUCCAGAAACUUUUGAGCUAGUUAUGCGCAUGCCCAUGAAUGCCGAACUGGGAAAUCCCAGUCAAGCCGUAGUCACUAUUAAUGAUUCUUUAUCUGACUUGCCUAUGAUGCAGUUCAGGGAAUCGGAAUAUAUGGCCUUCGAGAAUGAUGGGAAGAUUUCGGCAUAUAUUGUCCGGAGUGGGGACCAAGGACACGAGUCCACUGUUCGUUGCUAUACUCGUCAGGACACAGCCAAGGUCACCGAAGAUUAUGUAGAAAGGCCCAACACUGACGAUUCACUCGUUGUUUUUGAACCAGGUGAGAUGGAAAAGCCUUGCACGGUAAUCUUGGUUAACGAUACUAUCCACGAACCAGAUGAAAUAUUUCGAUUGUGGCUCGGAACUCCUGCUAGCGAUACGGCAGGCGGCGCUUUAGUAGGAUCGAGAAAUGUGACGAAACUCACAAUAAAAGAUGAUGGAGACAAGCCGGUAAUAAAAUUUGAAAAGAACAGAUUCAACGUGAAAGAACCUAGAAAUCCCGAUGACGUCACAAUAGUAGAAAUACCGGUGGUUCGAAGGGGUGACCUAAGUGAAACAUCUCACGUGCGGGUUCACACGAAAGAUGGGUCAGCAAAAUCUGGAAAAGACUAUAUACCGUUUUCUAAGGAACUGGAGUUCGGACAGAAUGUGAGCAGAAUAAUUGUAGAAAUCCAGAUCCUUUACGAUGAGGAGAAGGAACAUCGUGAAGCCUUAACCCUUCAUCUUCGUCCAGACAGGGAUAUGAUUGCAGAUAUAGAGGAUACGAAAGUGAUUAUUUACAUCCAAGAACUUAACAUUGUUGCUGAUGUCACUUUCCCGUCACAACCAAUAGUUGUUUCACUGAAAGAUUAUGAUGCUGCUGCCAAUGCCCAAUCUCAUAUAAUCCCAGGAUAUCCGGUAGUGUGCAUAACA